AUGAACCUUAUGCCAACAUGCUGCUUUCUCACUGAGUUCAUAUGCCCUGGGAUACCCGGCACUGCUGUUCCACCCAGCUCCGUGAGCCGUGUUAUUUUAUGGUUCCUUCCUACCGUGCUUCUGCUCAUGUUCAUUCAUAUUUUCCUAGAUCUGUGUUGUUGUUGUUUUUUUUUUUUCCAACUGCUCCUUAGUUCUUUCCUUCAUCUUUUUGUCUCCACGUCCAUCAGUUCCAUCCCGCUCCUCACCUCCCAAUGUGACUGCACCUCCAGCUGCUCAGGACUUUGGAGGUUUGGGGUCGUGGGGGGGUGA